AUGACAGAGCUUUCAAGUGAGCCAUGGAGCUUUUGUGGUGUACGAACCUGUGAUGACCACGGCGACAUCAAGACCUGCGAAGUGUUCAACGAUCUGAAUGGAGCUGUCGAGGUGAACUGGGGUUCGCUAGACUGGCAAGUUCUCUACCCGGGCUCCAUACACAAAUUUGCUGUCGGCCUGCACAUGAAGGUUUUAGUGCGACUGCGUGACGAUCCUGGAGUGUUUGGGAGCUGCGCUGUCGACGCUAGUGGAAGCUUGCUACUGUCGCAGGAUUUCGGUGACUUCUCUCUGGCAUCUGUGAAACUGAUCCAAAAUGAAAGAAAAGCAGCAGAAGAGGAAUCCCGUUUAAGAAAGGCACGGCAGCAUGCAAUCAGCAAGCAGCUGUAUGAGGAAGUGAAUCGAACAACCCUCAGGAGGCAAAGAAACGUUCUCAUAUGCACAGACGUCACUAUCUCAGUCUUUCUGAGUCUGGUCAUCUUCUUCACGGCGGCUACCCAAAAUGGGCUGCUGACGUUCGAUCACCAUGACCGCCUCCAGGCUGUGGUCUUCGCCGCUGCCCUCGUGGUGCUCUGGUGCUGCGCCAUGGGGGGAGUUAGCGUGCUGCAGGCUGCCGUCGACGACAACACCGCAUCGCAGCUCCAGGCUUCAGUUCGCGCUGCACGGCCCGAGUUUGGGAGCUACCAGGAGCGCGGCGCUGCUGUUUUCGACAGCGAGGAAGAUGGCAAUGAGGACUGGCGAAAGUGGCUUUUUGUCUGCUGCUUCUUCAGCAUUCCGACUCUGUGCUUCAUCUGCGCCGUUCUUGUGACCAUCUACUUCAGCGCCAAUGGCCACAGCUGGGGCAUUGCCACCAUCUGGACUCUGCCGGUCAUCAUGACGUAUUAUAUGUGCUGCCUCUUUUGCCGCUUAUGGAUUAUGGGGAUUAAGCGUCGGGCAAAUAUUGUUGGAAAAGGUUGUCUGGUUUUCUUCCGUUGGCCAUUGAUGAUUCUCAAUGCCCUUGCAAAGUGCACUCGUGGCUCUGGCUCUGUCCCAGCAGUCUCUUCCCUGCUUCAGCCUCCGAAGAAGGAGUUGAACCAACCGGUUUUGCAAACGAACCAGAGGACCAUAGUCUUUGAGGGUAAUGUCCUCCCAAACCGUCACGCACUUUCUUCCUGGCCGGGCAAAUACGAGUCUGCCUGGGACUCCCUGGUGGCCGGGGCUCGAAAGCAUGAGAUCAGUGCUGCAGUGGUGUUUCUGCCAGAGGGCUUAGCACACUAUGGGCUGCAUGAUCCCAUUCCCACCACGGAUGACUUGUGCGACUUGGCAGGUGAAUGCUGGUGUGUGCCCCUCUACGGUGAACCCAAACCCUGGGGUUGCCGAUGGUGGUCCCAUUGGAUCGCCAACAUAGAGCAGGCAGUCCAGCUGGGGGCCACCCUUGAGGUCUACUUUUUCAAUGGUAAGAAAGGCCAAGGGAAAGUUGCAGACUUUACAGCAGCUGGCGCAGAGCAUCUUCGAAGGGAAAGGGUCUUCAGCCAGAAAAUAGACUUUGAGAAGUCACAAGGUUUCCUCAAUGCGCUAGAUGAUGGCCUGGAUCACCUCUCGAAGGACAAAGGCCCAGAUGGCUCAUCCCCCUUUUCUCGAGAGGUGUAUCGGCUCUUCUUGGCCUGGCUGCCGGAACACGAGCGCCAGUUUCUGGAGCACUCGGAGGGUUUAGGAAAUUCACAGAAGGCGGAGGUCGCCUGGCUGGAGCGGAAAGGCUACAGCUACAUGGAGAAGGGAGUCACUGAACUUUCAGCCUCGUCGCCCAAGGCGACAGGCCAAGAGAAUAACUGCUCUCCUUCCGCCUGUCCCUAA